GCUGAUAAUUGCUAUCUGCCAAACUUAAAACGAAAUUUGGUUAGACGGCCACUGCAGCGUCACAAAUGAAUCUGACGGAGCAAAAUCCGUAUGGCAAUGGGAUGCUUUACGCAGCCUUCAACCAGGACCAAGGAUGUUUUGCCUGUGCCACGGACACGGGCUUUCGCGUCUACAACUGCGAUCCGCUGAAGGAAAAGGAGAGGCAAUACUUUCCCGAGGGCGGUCUCAGCCAUGUUGAAAUGCUCUUUCGCUGCAAUUAUCUUGCCUUAGUGGGUGGCGGCAUACGGCCGCUCUAUCCACCCAAUAAAGUGAUCGUUUGGGAUGAUUUGAAAAAAUCUCCAGCCAUAUCGUUGGACUUCAAUCAGCCGGUUCGUGCGGUGCGACUGCGUCGGGAUCGGAUUGUGGUGGUGCUGGAGGGUGUGAUCAAGGUAUUUACGUUCACCCAGCAGCCGCAGCAGUUGCACGUCUUCGAAACCAGCGCCAAUCCCAAUGGUCUGUGCGUGCUCUGCCCCCAUAGCAAUAAAAGCCUACUUGCAUUCCCUGGCCGACGCACUGGCCAUGUCCAGAUCGUGGAUCUUGCCAACACGGAGCGUGCCCCCCUGGAGGUGAUUGCCCACGAGGCGGCCAUCAGUUGCAUUGCCCUAAAUCUGCAAGGCACACGUCUGGCCACCGCCGGGGAGAAAGGAACUCUCAUACGCAUCUUCGAUACGGAGAAUGGGAAGAAGGUUUCAGAGCUGCGACGUGGCAGCAACCAUGCGAAUAUCUUUUGCAUUAACUUUAAUCACCAGUCCACCAUGGUUGUCGUUGCCUCCGACCAUGGCACCAUACAUGUCUUCAAUCUGGAGGAUAACAAGCCGCGCGAAUCAUCGCUACCCAUAAUACCCAAGUAUUUCUCAAGUCAAUGGAGUUUCGUGAAGUUCUCCAUACCACAGGGACCGCGGUGUGUGUGUGCCUUUGGUGCCGAUCCAAAUUCAGUUGUGGCCAUUUGUGCGGAUGGACAUUAUUAUAAAUUCCUAUUUAAUAACAAGGGCGAAUGCAGUCGAGACAUCUGUACACAAUUCCUUGAGCUGCAGGAUGAUGAGACAUAGGGAGCCCCGUGCUGGAGGAGCUGCUUCUAUCUACAUAAAUCUAUAUAUAUAUAUAUACAUAUAUAUACAGAAUAUAUCUCUAUGGAAAUGUGUUAUACAAUAUUACUUCUAAGCAUGCUUUAAAUUACGUUAAAAAAUGUCCUCGAGUUCACAUAUAAAAAGAGUAGUUAACGAUUGAUUGCAA